CCGACGGGCAGCGGGGCGCUGGGUCGCGGCGUUUGGGCUGAGCGCCGCGACGCUCUGCCCCGCAAUCCUCCCCGAUCUUGAGGCGUUUCAGGUGUAUAAUAAUAUAGUGAAUGAGUAAUUGCAUAAAGUACUCAUUGCUCAUCAAGUAUGGAACCUCAAGGUCUUUGUGAUAAUGGAAACCAAAAAAUUGAUUGGUAAACCGCUUCAACCAGCAAGACCUGUUCGUCAUCUGACUUCUCCCCCUGGAGCAGUGUUCCCUUUCAACUUUCAAAAUGAAUAUUCAUGCAACACUCAAUGCUUACAAAGUGGAGUUAGCAGAUGUAAGACGAAUGGAAUGCAAGCCUUUACUCAAGGUCAUAAUGAACAACAGCAACAUCAGUCUCCAGUUAAAAAAGAGAGAAUUAAGUACAGCAGAGAUUUCCUGUUGAAGCUCUCAAGUGUUUCCAUCUGCAGAAAAAAGCCAGACUUCCUGCCCGAUCAUCCCAUUGUACUUCAAAAACCAGAAAACCACCAAAGUUUUAAGUAGAAUUUUAAGAACAGAUGAAUUUGAAGAUAAAGAAUUAUUUGUUUUAUAUUUUGGACACCUGCAAAUGAAGUGGAUCUAGUAACAAUAACUGUAAUGGACUCUGACAAUUCAGUUUAUUUUUAAUUUUGAUGGUUGGGUAUUUGGUUUCUCCUAAAAUGAGAAAGAUAUUUUAAACUAUAAAGAAUUUUCUAAUCAGUUUCAGCUUUGCAGGCAGUUUCCUGCAUAAAUUGGGAAGUAACACUGGAAAGUAAGAAUUUGUUUAGUAAAGUGGAAGGCUGUAUUUAUAAUUUGCAUGCUACUUGCAAUUUUUUGUUUUUCAUCUCAUAAUAAUGGAAUGGAAAUGUAAGCUGUAAAGAUUCUCAAAUAUAAAGUAUUUGCUAUGAUGUAUAUAUGGUACAUAAUUUCUUGUUGCUAUUAAAGUUGGCUUUUCUUUUUCCCAUUGAUUUCAUACCAGCACUUUGAAAGGAUCUUUACAAUCUCUCCUGAGGCUUAGAAUGACCCAGGAUGUUCGAUGCAUAGUUCCCAGUGACAGGAAGGAGACUAUUUUAAUAGGCAUGUCUUUGGUCUCUAGGUUUUUGAUAAAAUUGUUUAAGAUUCAUAAUUACUAGCAGAGAUUGACAAUUUGGAAAAAAAUGAAACUGAAGGUGAAAAAUAGCUGCUAUUUGUUGUCUCUAAUCAGACUACAUAACAAAAGAAGUUGGGCAAUUGCAAAAUAAAACUGAUAUUUUUAUUUCCAAAGGAGGAAAAAUUUAGGCAUUUGCAAAUAACUGAGGUACAUUAAGUUUUAAUUCUGUAAUUUCUUAUAGCAAGAACAUGUAUGGAUGAAGAAUUUGGGGGUUAAACUUUUACCUCCUAGAAAUUUUAUGUAAUAAAUUUCCUGCAUUUUGUCACUCUGGAUGUUACUAUUGAAAAAAGUUUCUUCCAGCAUAGUGUCAAAAAAAAUUGCUGAUAUAAAGGUAAGUGUAAACUCUCCCUACUUCUACUCUCACAGAUCCCCAGGUCUACUGGCAAGGCAUCCAAGACCACCAUUUGGCAAAAAAUUUAUCUUAAACUGAUUUACCAGUAACUUUUUCUUCACUGGUUUUGGGCUUAUUACCUGGAUUCAAGCUUUUAGUACAUGGUAGGCUUCCCAUUGUGGUCUUUUAGUAUAUUACUUUUCAUUACUUCGUUCCCCAGGAAAAUGUUUUUUAUAGGGAAAAAUACAUUAAAACCAUAAAUUUAUAGGUUACUUAAAAAUAAAACAUUUAUACCUAGGGCCCAGAUUUUUUGUCCUAUUUUCCCUUUAUAUUAUAGGUUUCAGUGUGUAUGGAUGUACAUAUACACACACACAAUUUAUAUAAGAGCUGAGGUCAGUAUUACCAUAUAAUUAAAUUGGUUUGCUUUAUUAUUUACCUAUUCUUAAAGUUAAAAAAAAAAAAACUAUGAUAGAACCUAUUCCAGUUUGGAAUCUAAAGAGCCAUUCUGCUCAGCAUGUUACU